AGUGGGGCCCAGGGCUGCUUAAUGAUUAAAAGGAGAUUAUGUGGAGGGUCAGGUGUUGGCUGCUGGUCUCAUUCAGAUGCUCCUGUAGCCGCCGUUGUGAUAUCUUUGUCACUACGACCACUCGACUCUCUAAGGAACAAAGUCAGAGGACAUCAUGGAGAAAUUAGGCAAACCUGACGAUGAUGUCCGGCGUUGCAGGUGAAAGCAGAGAACUGAAAACCUUCUUCAGCGCGACUAUAAUGCAACGUCUACGCGAUAUCAAUUACGACUGCCAGAGUAAGCUGCUUAUGAAAGGACCUGCAGAGAACUUACAAUCAAACCCCGUCCCCUAUGGUCCCCUGCCCCCUCUGGAGGAUAAACUGUUCAUUUUCCGUGAUCUACUUUCAUCCCACUCUUAACCUCACCUUCACCUUAAAGGAAAACUAAAAUAAGAGGCGAACCAUGGCAGUUUUAAAGGUAAAGUUCACUAAGACCAGGAGGGACAAGCUGGCCCAGAUCCUCUGGAUCCUCAACUGGAUCUCUGUGGUUACAGGGGUCAUCCUGUUCAGCCUGGGACUCUUCCUCAAGGUGGAGCUCAAAAAGCGUGAAGAGCUGAUGGCAGAGAAGGACAUUCAGUAUGUUCCCAACAUGCUAAUAGCCGUGGGUCUCAUCGCAUGUAUUAUCAACUUCCUGGGUGGGAAGAUCUGCUAUGACUGUGUGGACACCACCAAUUUUUUGCGCUGGAAACUGAUCAUGCUGCCCUACAUUGUGUGCACCUUCUUUUUCACCCUGUGCGUGCUUGUGGGGGCGCUGAUGUGUUACAGCAUGCACUGGGAGCUGGAAGAGGCUCUGAACCUGGGCCUCACGCAGGCCAUGAGGUUCUAUAAGGACACAGACAUGCCAGGACGCUGCUUCCUGAAACACACUGUGGACAUGCUGCAGAUACAGUUCCAGUGUUGUGGGAACAGUGGCUACAAAGACUGGUUUCAAAUCCAGUGGAUAAGCAACCGUUACUUGGACAUGUCCAAAAAGGAAGUAGUAGAUCGACUUAGGAGUAAUGUGGAGGGAAAGUUCCUGAUGGAUGGGGUCCCGUUCAGCUGCUGCAACAUCAACUCACCUCGGCCCUGCAUCCAGCAGCAGAUUACCAACAACUCAGCCCACUUUAACUACGAGCACCAGACCGAGGACCAGAACCUGUGGAUGAAAGGCUGCCGAGAGGCACUGCUGGAGUACUACACCCACCUUUUGCAGUCCAUCGGCCUUACAGUCCUUAUUACAUGGCUCUUUGAGCUGUCAGUGUUGACAGGCGUCCGUUACCUCCAGACCUCCCUGGAGAACAUGCUGAGGCAGGGAGACCCUAACUCUGAAUCUGACGGCUGGCUGCUGGAAAACAGCCUCAUGGAAACAGCCCGUACGAACCUGAGCAUCAUAAAGAGCCUCGGCAAGGGCAAUCAGAUAGACACAGCCAGCAAUGGAGACCCCAACAUUGAUGUUCCGUCCACCUCCAAGGCCCAUUAUGGGCCAGAUAAUGUUCCACCAAAGCAGAAGACGGAAACAAACUAAACUUUUUUUUUCAGAUUCAAAGACCUAAGUGAAGAGCAUCUCCAAAGCUCUGAGCUGCUGUACUACUUCACAUUUUUACACAGUUAUACAUUAUGGAAGUAAUUAAUAAUAUGUUAUAUAUUUCUGGAUAUAAUGUAUUUACCGAUCAACUACAUUUUCAUGGACAUUUUCAUUGUUGCCAUGUUGCAUUCUUGUCCAAGAAAUAGAGUGUAAAGGUUAGACACAGUUAAAGACUAAUACUGUGUCAAUUUAACAGGAUUAAUUGUCAAUGAAAGCGCCCUUGCCAUUAAUGUUGUUUAAGUUCAAGUUAAUAUCUGUUUGAAUUCACUGUGCAAACCUUAUAAAUCUUCAGACUUCUGGCUGAAGUAAAAUACUGAAGCUAUAAAAGGUCUAAUGGUUUUGCUACAGGGAAUCCUUAAGUGGAUUACGUGCUUACUGGUAAACCAAUGUCAGGGUAUUUAAGCGGGCAUUCAGGUGUAUAGAAAAUCUGUUCCAUAGAUGACUCACCAGCUGAAGGUGGACAUGGUGGCUCACUUGAAGCACCAAGAAGGGGUGGGAGAAGAAAAUCGUCAGCUGCCGGCUCCCACCGCCGCUCCUUGGUUUCUUUUGUGUAUUGAGUCCUAUAGCUUGUGCAGGUCAGCCUCCAUAUCUCCUCAGGAGGUACAAUCAUACAUCAUGGAUAAGCUAAUAGUAGUUCUAACCAGGGUCUGGUCAGGCUUAGCCUCGUCCAUUAAGCCAGCCAUGAUUUAAUAAAAAAUUUUAAUCUCUCCUUCCUGGGUUAGGUGUAGGGUUAGGGUUAGGGUUAACUCUAACCCUACACCUAACCCAGGAAGGAGAGAUUAAAAAUUUUAAAUCAAACAAAAAAAAUAGCAAUAAAAUAACGUAAAAUAUUUUAAAAAAUACAAAAUAACUUAAUGGUGAGUACUGCAAUUACACACAUUGCUUUACAUGUCAUGCCAACAGUAUCAGAAUGUGACUGGAGGUACAGGUGGCACUGGAUUCACUGAGUCCCUAUUGUUUUUUUUUUGUUUUGUUUUUUUACCAGUUAGUUGCACAAGAAAGCUUGUAAAGGAACAUCAGAGGCAUGGCAAUGCAUGUGACUAUUUUUAUUCACCAAUUAGAAAUGUUAUAAUUUAUCUGGCCACUGCGAACAAAAGUGCAUUUUACAAAAUGAGAAUACUAUGAGAUACUAAACUAUGUUGCCUUUUGGGAAUGAUGGCAGAUAUUAAGAUGACAACAAUUAUUAGUAAUAAGUAAUAAACUCAAACCACUGGUAAAGAAGGCUUAAUUCACCACAUUGCUACAACCCACAAUGCAUGAUUUAUGGUAAAAUGUGUGGCCAUUGAAUAGGGGCUACAUUUUUUAGUCUGAACAAAUUACCUCUCACCGAGUAUGUGUGGAGAAAAAUUUAAUGUAACAUCAACAUUCACAACAUAGACAGAAUAAAUAUUCUCUUCAUCUAUCACAGAUGGUGAGAGUCACUAGACAAAAUGGGCUUCAGCUACAUAUACUAGCAUAUUUAGCUUCCUCGCCGACUUAGCUGCUACUGACAGAGACGUGAUGAACAGCCUGAAAAGUUGAGUGGCCUAUCAGUACUUUUACUGUAACUCCCAUGAUUCUUUAGGCUUUGUGUUUUUGUUUUAUCUGGGUCCUGUGUUCUGCUUCUUGUUGUUCAAGUUAUUUGAUCAUUGUUAAAUUGGGUGCUUUAAAUUUAGCUGUUUUCUUAGUGUUUAACCUCUUUUGUUUUGAUACUUCUGUUUCAUAAGCCAGGUUUGCUCCGCCCCUCUGUAUAUUCCCCUUACAGGUGCCAUUCUUUUUGUUGAUUAGACUCACCUGAUCCUGCUUUUCACCCAGCAGUAAUAAGUCAGUUUCUUUGCCAGAUUCUUCAAAUUUCCAUUUUUUAUCCACUUGUAGUGUCCAUUCCUGUUAUCCUGCUGCACCUAUUGUUCUCCUUUAUUAUUGAAAGUUUUCCGAAUUUUUUAAUCACUAAACUCUCCCUGUUUGGGUCGGAAUUUUUUCUUAUUAAAGGUGACAAUAACAAAACUUGUCUCUUUUUGUCAAAAGAGGUGGGCAAGAAACUAGUAAAAGUCGAAUCAGAUCAUCUGGCUCGGGUUCUCGUGUUAUUAUCUGAAGAAAUACAGACAUCAGGCUAAACAUGUUGGGGCCAGAGCAAUCUUGCUGCAACACAGCAGCGAUGUUGUGAAAA